CUGCUGAUGUAUUCACAGCUUGGAGCGAGCCCAAAGACUGCUCCAUGUACCGCAUUGCCGUACCAUAUUAGAAGCUCCUAUGGUUGUGAAAUGCAAUCCUUUGAUGAUAUACAUCUCUGAUCGCCUGGUGGUGAAUGCUAAUUCAGUGGCAGGAAGGAAGAUGUCAGCGAUUACGUCGGAGAAUGGCCUGGAAGACGCACACAGCAAAAGUUUCUGGGUGCCUGGGAACUACCAGCGUACGGUCAAGCGGACGGAGGACUCCUUCCAGGCGUGUAAUGACAUCGUGGCGUGCUUCCAGGAGAGGGCCCGUGUGGAGCGCCAGUACGCCCAGCAACUCGCCGAGUGGAGCAACAAGUGGAAGCCCCUGGUGGAGACCAGCCCGCUCUACGGCUCCCUGCUGAAGGCGUGGAAGUGCUUCCUCUCCUCUGCGGACCGCCUGGCCUCCUACCACUCCUCCAUGUGCCGCUCGCUGGUGGCGGAGGACGGCGACCGCGUGCGCAGCUGGCAGAAGGAGAGCUUCCACAAGAAGUUCUUCGGAGGCUUCAAGGAGUCCCAGGACUUCGGCACCGGCUUCGCACGCGCUCAGAAGCCCUGGGCCAAGCGGCUUAAGAAGCCUGGGAACUACCAGCGUACGGUCAAGCGGACGGAGGACUCCUUCCAGGCGUGUAAUGACAUCGUGGCGUGCUUCCAGGAGAGGGCCCGUGUGGAGCGCCAGUACGCCCAGCAACUCGCCGAGUGGAGCAACAAGUGGAAGCCCCUGGUGGAGACCAGCCCGCUCUACGGCUCCCUGCUGCAGGCGUGGAAGUGCUUCCUCUCCUCUGCGGACCGCCUGGCCUCCUACCACUCCUCCAUGUGCCGCUCGCUGGUGGCGGAGGACGGCGACCGCGUGCGCAGCUGGCAGAAGGAGAGCUUCCACAAGAAGUUCUUCGGAGGCUUCAAGGAGUCCCAGGACUUCGGCACCGGCUUCGCACGUGCUCAGAAGCCCUGGGCCAAGCGGCUUAAGAAGCUGGACAAGGCCCGCAGCGCGUACCACAAGGUGAGCCGGCGGGAGCAUCUGGUGCGGGAGCGGGAGGCGCACGCCGCGGGGAACCCCGACGUGGCCAUCGAGAAGCAGAAGAAGAUCCAGGAGGAGAGGGAGGCAGCCCAACAGGUGGCCGACAAGGUGCGUGCGCGCUACGAGAAGGUCCUGGAGGAGGUGAGUCGCUACGCGCCGCGCUACAUGGAGGAGAUGGAGUGCAUCUUCGACCAAUCACAGGAGGAGGAGAGGAAGAGGAUCAGCUUCCUGAAGGAGGCCUUCCUCUCCAUCCACAAGCACCUCGACGUCACCACCAACCAGAGUGUGAAGGCUGUGUACAGCGAGCUCCACAACACCCUCAUGGCCAUCGACGACCAGGAGGACCUGAGGUGGUGGAAGAACACGUACGGACCGGGGAUGCCCACCGACUGGCCCCAGUUCCAGGAGUGGAAACAGGAGAAGAAAACUAAGAAGGAGAAAGUGAAGAAGGUGGUGGAGCAGAAAGCAGCCAUCGAGAAGAGUACGAUGAUCGGGGGGGUGAAGGUUCGAGCGCUGUACGACUACGAUGGCCAGGAGACUGAUGAGCUCACCUUUAAAUCAGGCGAGGAGUUCCUGAAGAUCGAGGACGAGGACGACCAGGGCUGGUGUCGGGGGGUCCUGGAGGGGGGUCGCGAGGGGCUGUACCCGGCCAACUACGUAGAGGCCGUCUAGGCCGUGUCACCGCCCGUCUCCAUGGCAACCCGUCCAGCAUCAGCAUCAGCGUCGACGUGAAACCGAUGGCGUACCCACGAGUGUGUUCGGAGUCUCAACCGCGGGCCAGAGGGGACAGAGACAGUUGUUUGUUGGUGGUGGUGUUUGGACGGUGGUGCUGGGAUGCUGGUGGUGUUGCGGGGGUGUUGCCAUGGACCACCUCAUCCUCAUCGGUGAAGCCAUCAGAGGUAAUGUAGCACUUAGCCAAAGAUCCGGUGUGUGAUUAGAAGCUCAGCUCUGAGUCACACGCCCUCACCCCCACCCGGGAAACCAGAAACUACCAGGACGUGUGAACCGAGAAAUAAGUUAAUAAAUCUUUUAAUAUAUAUAUCUACGGUAUAUAUAGAUAUAUGUGUACGUAUAUAUUUUGUAUGCGUUCAUCACUCGUAUUCGAUUUAGGAACAGUGCGUUGAUGUACAUUGGGGCAGAAACAUGCUGGAUAUUGAAGGAACAAGAUGUUAUUAAGAGAGCUUUCAAUCAGUGCUGAAACCACUGCCCUUAAAGGACAAAUCUGGUGUAAAAUGGAUUUGGGAUAUGUUUGGUAUGAUAACGAAUUGGAAUGUUUGUUUUGGAGAAAAAAAGCGCAAAACAGCUGAUUCUAUCAAAACGCUGUUUUUAGUCGAUUCUAUCAAAACGCUAUUAACUUGGAACGAUAGGGGCAUGUGUUAUGGUAAAAACUAAAUCGUUAUUUUAAACCACUUAAAACACUAGAAGUAGCCUGGCAUUCCUUUGGUAGUAUAAUAAGGGAUCUAGUGUUUUAAGUGGUUUCAAAUAGCGAUUUAGUUUUUACCAUAACACAUGCCCCUAUCGUUCCAAGUUUAUAACGUUUUAAUAGAAUCGGCUAAACACAGCCAACUGAAGAAUGCGUCUAUGUGCUUUUUGUGCUCAAACGAACGUUUCAACUCGUUAUCAUACAAAACAUAUCCCAAGUCCAUUUGACACCGGAAUUACCCUUUAAGCUUAUUCUGAUCAAUAAACAUUUGUGCUAUCAAAAUGCUGAUGCUUUACAGUAGCUUUAAUACAAAGAGGAUUUCACUUUGCCCUGCUGGCUUUAUACAUUCACAAAGAUAGAAAGAUAGAUAGAAUCAUAGUAAGUCAAUAAGUGAAUUGUAAUAUCGCUCUCUUUAUCUCUAUCUCUCUGUAUCGCUAUUUAAGCCACAAAUUGCGACUUUGCCAAAUGUAGCCCAUGUUUAGUAAUCUUGUUUCAGUACCGUCUGUUCUGUACGCCAUGCAUGAUGUAAUAAUAAAGCUCCACCUUCCCGCGAUAAGAAAAUCAUUUUCUCUGUUUCUGAAAUAAAAUUUGACAUUUCA